ACCAUACGGGACUUAUAAACACAUUCGUUUUUGUUGAGUCGAGAGAAGAAUCUGUCCGAGCAGCAAACAGCUCGACAUGCAUCCGGCCAAGGACAUUCACGUUCUGGUCCUAGCACACCCCGUGCAAGGCCACAUAAACCCGAUGCUUCAAUUCUCCAAACGCUUGGCCUCAAAGGGUCUCAAGGUCACCUUCCUAAUCCCCAUCUCCACCAAGAAGUCCCUCAAUCUGGUUAACGCGAGCUCCAUCCAGGUCGAGUACAUCUCCGACGGGUUUGACAACGUCGAAGCAGACAAGCUCAGCAUUGACGAGUAUCUCGACCACUUCCGACUUUCAGCUUCUCAGAGCCUGAGAGAUUUCAUUCAGAAACACCAAUCUUGUCUGGAGAAUCCGGCUAAAGUCCUUAUUUACGAUUCCUUUGACUAUUGGGCUCUAAACGUGGCAAUACAACAUGGCAUGCAUGGAGCUGCGUUCUUCACUCAGUCCUGCGUCGUUUCUUGGAUCUAUUACUUGGUUCACCAAGGAACAGUGAAGCUCCCAUUAGAAGCUGUAGAUGGACAAGGGCGUGUUGUAUCUGAUCCUCCGGCGAUGUCGGUUUUAGGGCUGAACGAUUUUCCUUCAUUUGUCAUAGAUGUCGAUAAAUACCCCGCCAUACUCAAGAUCGUUCUCGGACAGUUCUCCAAUUUCCGGAAAGCUAAGUGGCUUUUGUUCAAUACGUUGUCUGAGCUCGAGGAGGAGCUGGUGAAUUGGAUGGGGAACCACUGGUCAAUGAUGCCCGUCGGACCAACGAUACCUUCAGUAUACAUGGACAAGAGACUCGAGGACGACACAGACUACGGACUUAGCCUCUUCAAGCCCGAAGCAGAAGCUUGCCUCCGGUGGCUGGACUCGAAGCCACCCAGGUCCGCCGUCUACGUAUCGUUCGGAAGCUUGGCAUCUCUGGGAGAGGACCAGAUGGAAGAGCUCGCGAGUGGGCUCAGGUCGAUGAAGAGCCACUUCUUGUGGGUGGUGAGAGAGUCUGAAGAGAAGAAGCUCCCACCCAACUUCAUGCAAGAGCUAGAGUUAGGUAAUGACAACAAAGGUUUGGUGGUGAGGUGGUGCAAUCAGCUCCAAGUGCUGAGCCACGGCUCGGUCGGUUGCUUCAUGUCCCACUGCGGAUGGAACUCUACCCUCGAGGCGCUGAGCUUGGGGGUCCCCAUGGUGGUGAUGCCCCAGUGGACGGAUCAGCCGACCAACGCCACAUUCGUCGUGGAGGUGUGGAAGGUCGGCCUCAGGGUUAGGGCUAAUGAGAAAGGGGUUGUGACCGGGGAAGAGAUCGAGAGCUGCAUAGAUGAGAUCAUGGAUGGAGAGAGAGGGAAGAAGAUCAGAGAAAACUCCUUGAGGUGGAAAGAAACUGCCAAACGGGCCGUAGAUGAAGGAGGUAGUUCGGAUAAGAACAUCCAGGAAUUUGUCUCGAACGUUGUUGAUUUGUGCACGUAAUGCUCAUGCACGUGUAAUAAUGGUGAAAAACAAGCUCGCCGAUUUGAUCUAAAUGAUUGUGUCUUAACUGAA